AGUGCGGUGCGAGCAGAGAACAGGCAGAGGCUGAUCCUGGGACCGGGGAGUAGUUCGUGGUUGGCGGACAGCGCUUCAGAGCCAGCCCCAGUCCUGGUCCAGGCGCACACCGGACCCACGGGAGUUUUCCUUUGUUUGCCGGAGCUCCUCACACUUUGCUCUCAUCGUGGAGGGAUUGCAUCAACAGCAGCCUCUGCACCGCGCUCUCAGGCGGCGGCAUGCAGCGAGAGAAAGCCUGGUGAUGCUUCCCCGCAUCACGCACUGAAGCCGGCUCGGAGGCGCUGGGAUUUAUGGGAGAUUUUUUGGAUAUCCAUCGCCCCGUUGUAGUAAACUUGUGUCCGGCAUGGGGAAGGAGCAGGAGCUGCUGGAGGCUUCCCGGACCGGGAAUGUGGCUCUAGUGGAGAAGCUGCUGAGUGGUAAAAAGGGGAUACUGGGCUCUGGUUCCCCUCUGCCCAACCUGCUGAGCAUGUGGAAGGGCCUGAAUGUCAACUGCACAGACAGCUCAGGAUACACUCCCUUGCAUCAUGCCUCGCUCAAUGGCCACAGGGAGGUGGUAUUGAGGCUGCUGCAGUUCGAGGCCUCCACCAACGUAGCUGACAGUAAGGGCUGUUUCCCUCUGCACCUCGCUGCCUGGAGAGGAGACGUGGACAUAGUGCGCAUCCUCAUCCACCAUGGCCCCUCCCACUGCAGAGUCAACCAACAGAACCAUGAGAGGGAGACGGCGCUCCACUGUGCAGCCCAGUAUGGCCACUCGGAGGUGGUGUCGGUGCUGCUUCAGGAGCUCACUGACCCCACCAUGAGGAACAGCCGACAGGAAACUCCUCUGGACCUAGCCGCACUCUACGGACGACUGCAGGUGGUCCGCAUGCUGGUGAAUGCCCACCCCAACCUGAUGACCAGCCACACGCGCCACCACACCCCUCUGCACUUGGCGGCUCGUAAUGGACACCACAGCACCGUGCAGACGCUACUCGACGCUGGCAUGGAUGUCAACUGUGUGACGGAGAAUGGCAGUGCCCUCCAUGAAGCAGCUCUGUUCGGGAAGAUGGAUGUAGUUCGGCUUCUGCUUGACUCAGGGAUAGACACCCAUCUAAGAGACUGCCACGGGAGGACCGCUCUGGAGCUGCUCAGAGACCACCCUGCAGCCAAGUCCCAACAGAUCACAGCUCUUAUACAAGAUUGCAUGAUGGAGGAGAUGGACAGACGGACUAUCUUCGAGGAACCGAUUCGAAAGUGCCCCAUUCCUGCCCCUCGCAACUCCAUCCCAUCACCCUGUGCCUCGCCCUCCCUCAGACACAAGAAUGAUGCAGUGACGAGUGAGCUGUCCAAACUUCUUCAUGACAUAAAAAAGUGCAGAGACUACUCGUUCGAGGACCUGUGCCAAACGGUCUCCUCUCACUCCAUGGACAGUUUUGGCAGCGGGAGAUUUUCAGAUGAGGAUCGCCCUGACCGACCUAAUGGUACACUGACCCGAGUUAACCAGCGGCCAACCCCACCUCUUGCUCCAGCUCUGGAGGAGGAUGAAGUUGAUAAGAUCUGUGGACCUACAGGAUUCUGGGAAGCUCUGACUCCCUGCAAUGGCUGCCACAACCUGGGCUUCUCCUCACAGGACUCGCAGCGCUCCACUGAGUUUGCCACCUCUCCCUCUCUGGACGUGUUCCUGCCGGAGGACGAGGACAACCCUUAUGAGUCUGUGACGACAGCUGUCACUCAGAAACCUUCCUCACUGGACAUCAAUCACAGACCGAACAACUGCCCACGCAAUGGUCACCUGUCCCAUCUCACUGUGAGUGAGGAGGGGCACAGUAACUAUGGAAACUGCUCUACUGGCCCCACUCCCGACUGCUCGCCCCCCUCCCCCGACACGGCCCUGAAGAACAUCGAGAGAGUUAUUCGCCCACAGCCAAAACAACGGACCUCUCUGUCUUCCUCCCUGGAUGUUCAGAGGCCAGUCAACCACAGCUGUGAACCCAGCGAGGUGAGCUCUUCUCUGGGCUACGCGAGCUUCAGCACCAGUCCCCCCGCCAGCCCACCCCUCAGCCCCAACCAGGAGGAUUCUGCUGGCUCCAACGACGACUGCCAGUUCACUGACGACGGUGCCUAUCAGCGGGACCCCCCUGCCCCCCCUCCUCCCCCCUCGGCUCUGCUGGAGGAACGCCGUAAGAGCCACAUUCCGGAGGAGUUUGCCGGACUUCUUCAUGGAUCCUCUCCGGCCUGUGAGACCCCAGACACGCCUUACCACCUGUACAACCACAAACCUCGCAAGUACGCCUCCCAGGACCACCAAAGCACUUUCCUUCAAACGCCUGACUUUAGCAUAGUUAUCGGAGGUGGGCCCACGCAAAUCUUCUCCCGGACAGACACUCAGCUCUCUCAACAAAAGGGUGCUACUGAGUCCAAGAAGCCCCAGGUGGUGUACAGGACUAUCUUCCACACACAGGUCAAUCAGGAACAGGCUCGAUCCAAAAACUGUGAGCACAUAGACUCAACAAGGGGGUGGGCGACACUGGACCGCCCGCCCUCAUAUUCAUCCAAUCAGAACAGAGAGUUGGCAGAGACGCUGGCUAAGGACGCUUCAUCUGGGACUUGCACCUUAGGGAGGAUGCGGUCCAUGCCUCGUAGUGUGCUGGACCUGCAACUGUCCAAAUCUCUGUCCAAAUCAGACUCCAAUCUAGCUGCUGUGACUCCAAUUCAGGAAGAGCACAGUUGGGGAUCUGGUAGUCGGGGCCAGAGUGCGGAGAGCCCAAGCCCAGGAGACGGUACCACUCCAGUGGGAAGAUUGGAGAGGACACCCUCCUUCACAGCUGAGUGGGAAGAGAUUGACAAAAUUAUGAGCUCUAUUGGAGCUGGGAUUGGCAGCGGGCUGGACAUGAAAGAAGACACUUCAGGUCCCCGCUGCCCGCUCCAGUCUGUGGGCCAGUGGCUUGACUCAAUCGGUCUGGUCCAGUAUGAGAACCACCUGCUGGCCAAUGGCUUCGACAAUGUGCAAUUUAUGGGCAGUAAUGUGGUGGAGGACCAGGACCUGCUGGAGAUUGGGAUUCUUAACUCUGCGCACAGACAACGACUCCUCCAGGCCAUACGUCUGCUACCCAGGGUGAGGCCUGUUGGCUAUGAUGGGAACAACCCCACCUCAGUGGCAGAGUGGCUGGAGUCUUUGGAGCUUGGGGACUACACCAAGUCUUUCCUUGUGAAUGGCUACACCUCCAUGGAGCUGGUCAAGAAGAUCUGGGAGAUAGAGCUAAUCAAUGUAUUAAAGAUCAGUCUGAUUGGACAUAGGAAACGUAUUCUGGCCUCGUUGGGGGACCGGCUACACGACGACACUCCACAGAAACCUCCAAGGGCCAUCUCCCUAAGGGAGCCCGGAGGGAACCACACCCCCCCUCAGCUCAGCCCGUCAGUGGGACAGGCAGCAUACACAGCGGGGGUACCAGGUGGAUCUCUGGACGUGCAGCACCUCAUCAUGCAGGCGGAUGCUCGGCGAAGGCAGCGCAGCAACGACAACUACUUUGAGGACGUGCCGCGAUCCAAGCUGGAGCGGCAGAUGGCACAAGUCAGCAUGGCAGGGGAAUGGUGCGAACCAAUCACGUUGCGUCCACCCAAUGAGGCCACGUCGUCCACUCCGGUGCAGUACUGGCAGCAUCACCCAGAAAAACUCAUCUUCCAGUCCUGUGACUAUGAAGCCUAUUACUUGGGAUCCAUGUUGGUAAAAGAGCUGAGAGGAACAGAGUCAACACAAGAUGCCUGCGCCAAGAUGAGGAAGUCGACGGAACAAAUGAAGAAAGUCCCGACCAUCGUUCUGUCUGUGUCCUAUAAAGGAGUGAAGUUCAUUGACGCCACAAAUAAGAACAUUAUUGCAGAGCACGAGAUCCGCAACAUCUCAUGUGCUGCACAGGAUCCUGAUGACUUGUCCACAUUCGCCUACAUCACCAAAGACCUCAAGUCCAGCCACCACUACUGCCAUGUCUUCACUGCUUUUGAUGUGAAUCUGGCAUAUGAGAUUAUCCUGACGCUGGGCCAGGCCUUCGAGGUUGCCUACCAGCUGGCUCUUCAAGCCAGGAAGACGGGCCACGGAUCGUCCACGCUGCCUGAGAGCUUUGACAGCAAGCCCAACAAACCAGUCCCCAAACCUCGAGUCAACAUCCGCAAAUCUAUGGAACAGCCAUCCAUGGACCAGAAGGGUCACGCCAAUGUGCCGUGGAUAGUGGAACCGGGUCAGGAGGCCAAAAGAGGAGUCAACACCAAGUACGAGACCACUAUUUUCUAACAUACACCGCCUUGUCCACUCCUGUGUGUGUGUGCCUUUCAGAGGUGGCCCUGUACUGGGGCCCGCCCCGGAGUGUGGCCUGCGCGACGCUCGCCGCGUCACCACCGGCCAAACUAGAAAACAAAAGGCCCCGCCCCGAUAGGCCAGUCUGUCCACUGCAUGAUGACGUUUGGCGCUACGCUGUGUCUCCCGUCUUUCUCUUGUUUAGCUGCCCGCCCCCCUCCUGCCUGCAGGCUGGCACAUGACCCUGACCCUGGCAGUGGUGCCUCACCUCUAGGAAAUGGUCAGAUAUGUUUUUGCACCUUCAGUUUGCUGCUCAGCCAGUGGUCAUCAGACAAUUGUUCUGCUGCCAGCUUUUUUGCUUGAUUUUUUUCCCUGUUUUUGGAUGCAACCUUUUUGGCUUUGUCUCUCUCCUUGAGUUCCUCCAUGCCUCGCUUUUCUCUCUCCUCACCAGCCUCUGUCCAACUGUCCUGAACGUGGUCAGGCCUAAAACUGUGUUCGGACCAAAGCUUUAGACAGUGUUUAGGGCCCAGUGGAGCUGACUGAGGAGGUGUCUGAAAACAUUUCAGACUUUUUUUUUACAUUUUAAAGGCAGAGGAGAGCAGGUUUUGGAGAGGUGAUGUAGCAUGGUUCAACCUUGGUUCUGGUUGACUAAACAGUUCAUCCAGAAAGCAUUCAGAAUGUAUUUUGAGUUUUUGAUCCUUUGAAUAAAAAUACUUUUUUUGAAUCAAUAUUUCAAUCAAUACUUUGUGUAAAAAUAGUUUCAACACAGAUUUGGUAGAUUUAUUUCAUCCAAUUUUAUCUUAUAGAUUUCAGAUUUUUGCAGUGUGCAGCCUUUUUCCUCCCCAGUGAUCUGAUUUAGGAGGGUUUAAACUCUGCUAUGUGAAAGGUUUGGCAUGUGGCUUGUGAGACGCAUGUUGCCCAUGUUGGGUCCGGUGGAGAGUCGUGUGAGGGCUCUGUCGAUAAGUGAUGUCAUCUCAUUUGCAGGGCAGUGCCGGACGCUCAUGUCUAUUACUGUGGAAUGCAAAGAAUGUAGCCAGCCAUAAACACGGACAUGGGCACACACACAAUGCAAAAGACUGCAAGACUUUUUGUCACUUUCAAAGACUACAAACAUGGAGGCAGCUCCACAGUGUUUAAGGUUGACUACACCAUUUGACUGUACACACAGUAACACAGUAACACACACCAUCAGGACAGCGUCUGGACAACGCUCCACUCUGAAUGUAACACAGCGGAAGUGUAUGACGUCGCUCUGAGCUUUGACCUUUGAACACUGAGGACGAUGGUAGCAGACAAUGGGCUCACUACAAGCACCACUGGGCAUGCGUGAGCAUGGUCUGAGAAUCGCCUUUUAAUUUCUUAAUGGUCAGAAGAUACUAAAGAUAUAUGCACAAGUAUCAGUGUAAUUUGAUUAGAGCUAGAAAAUGCUGAGAUGCAACAAUGUGUCCUAGGAAAUGUGUUUACAGCCGACGUGGACAAAGCGGCAUCAGGCAUCGAAAAAAGUAUUCUAUUGGUAUUGCCCGACAUUUUAAUGUUUAAUAUGAGAGUAUUAUAUUACUGAUUAUGAUUAUUCUUGUGCAAUUAUUGUCUACUGUUGUCUUAAUGUUACAUUAUUUUUCUAUGACAUGCUGAAAAUAACCUUUGGGCUUGAGAUCGGUGGCCGUCUUUUAACAGAUCUGUGAGAUCCUCCUGGUCGUAUGCAGAGAGUGAAUGUUUGGUGGCUAUAACUUUGUCAGGUUGAUUCUCCAUUGUUUCUCAUGGGGCUCUUCUCUAACUAGCAGAUUACUAUUUUAAACACAGUAUUACUGUAUCAUUUGGAUGAGAUCUUAUCCAGUUAUAUAUGUAGAUAGAUAUUUUGCCAACUCAUUGUUCAUAUGUGUAUGUAAAGAAGAAAUGAUUUGCAGUUCACUGGAAACAAGGUACAAAAUAAAGGAUGUGAAAAUACUAAUGUUAGACUGUAGAGAUUGUAUUUUGGGUGAACGUUGAUUUGCUGACAUCACUGCUGACCAACUCAUGUACAUAGGCUUGGGCUUCCAGCACACUGAUUUUUGUAAUUUGGGCCAUUAUUUAUAUCCUUGUAAAGCACAUGGAAUAAAAUAUGACUUGUACAACCAUUA